GACAUCGGAGCAGGCGCUGUAUGUAACAUCGAUUCGGUACGUGUGUGUGCGUAAAUGUUUAUAACUUGAAUUUAUAACCAAAACAUUCGAUUUAUUUGUUCGAAUUAAAAUGAAAGACCGAGUUUUGGUGCGGUUUUACGACUGACCAGUGUUACGUCCGUCGUUUUGUGCCAUUUUACUGUGCUUUUCGCCUCGGAAACAGAAACUUACCCCUUCAUUUAAGGGUUACUUGGAGUUUUAACCUCAAUCCAGGCCACCGCGAUUUAUGUUUGGCGCUGCGAUCGCUCGAUAUACGGCCGUCGCCAGUGGUGGGAGAAUCAGCUGGCACUAGCGUCGCGGCGGAGAGCGCUCUUCAGUAGACGUCAGGCGUCCUAGGGAGAAACGGCGUUGUUGUUCGACGUUCCGGCAUCUUCUUCUUCGCUAAAUCGGAAGCGCUAACCAGAGGAAAAACGGUCGACUCGACUCGUGAUGAACAAACGAAACAAGACGAUGAUUUUUUAAAUCAUUUUUAAAUUAAUCGAAUUGAUUAAUGAUAACAGUGAGAGACGUGGUGUUUGAUUGUGAUUAGUUUUGAGUUUUGGGCUAUAAUUUUUCUUGAUUUAAGUUUUGUGUUUGAAUAUUUCCUCGUGAACGUGGCAUGAAGUUCUGAUAAAUCGGAAAAAUAUGAGGGAAAUAGUGCUGGUGCUGGCCGUCGUCGGCACGAGUGUUCUUCAGCUGUCCAUCGCUGCCUGGCAGGAGAAUGUUAGACCCAAGAUGUACGUCAGUGAAGGAGCUGAAGAUGAUGUGCACAAGUUUGUGGGCAACAACAGCCACACGGACUACUUCCGGCUGGUGAUGCGCGACGGUGACUCCCUCAUAGUGGGUGGCAGGAACCUGGUGUAUAAUUUAAGCUUAACCGAUUUGGCUGAACAGCAAAGACUGCAAUGGUACUCAAACGAUCAAGAUAUCAAGAUGUGCGUAAUGAAGGGGAAGGACGAGGAAAACUGUCAAAAUUACGUACGAAUAAUGGCAAAAACUUCACAAGGUCGUUUAUUGGUUUGCGGAACAAAUUCCUUUAAACCAGUAUGUAGAGAGUACAACGUAUUAGAUGGAAACUAUUCGAUGGAAAAGGAAAAACAAGGACAAGCUCUCUGCCCUUACGACCCUCACCACAAUUCAACCGCUAUUUACGUCGAUGGGGACCUGUACUCGGGAACCGUGGCCGAUUUCAGCGGGAUGGACCCCAUUAUCUACAGGGAGGCGCUCCAAACAGAACAAUACGAUUCCAUGAGCCUGAACGCCCCGGAUUUUGUCAGUUCUAUGGCACAAGGAGAUUUCGUUUACUUUUUCUUCAGAGAAACCGCCGUCGAGUAUAUCAAUUGUGGAAAGACCGUCUACUCGAGGGUUGCCAGGGUGUGCAAAAACGAUCGCGGAGGACCGCACAGGUUUAGAAACCGAUGGACGUCUUUCCUAAAAUCCAGACUAAAUUGUUCCGUCUCAGGAGACUUUCCCUUCUACUUUAAUGAAAUACAAUCGACAACUGAGUUGAUUGACGGUACAUAUGGCGAUGUAAAAGCACAGCUAGUAUAUGGAACGUUUACAACACCGCCUAAUAGCAUAUCUGGAAGCGCAGUAUGCGCUUUUUCCCUGCAGAAUAUCGCGGAUACCUUUGAGGGGAACUUCAAAGAGCAGGCAGCGAUUAAUUCGAACUGGCUUCCAGUACACAGUUCAAAAGUUCCGGAUCCAAGGCCGGGACAAUGUCAUAACGACAGCAGAACGUUACCUGAUCUCACUCUAAACUUCAUCAAAACUCAUUCACUCAUGGAUGAGAGCGUCCCCAAUUUUUUCGGCCAACCUAUCGUUAUAAGGACCAGUUUUCAUUAUAGGUUCACACAAAUUGCUGUAGAUCCCCAAGUUAAAGUUCCUGGUGGAAAAACUUAUGACGUUCUUUUUAUUGGAACUGAUAACGGAAAAGUGAUUAAAGCGGUAAAUGGUUUAUCUGCAGAUACAAGACAUGGAGUUCGUCCCGUAGUCGUUGAAGAAAUCCAAGUCUUCCCAGGUCACGUCGCUGUUCGUAGCAUAAAAGUAGUGAAAAAUAGUAAACAAGAAGGACGAUUAAUUGUUGUAUCAGAUGGAGAGGUCCAAUCUUUAAGACUACACCGUUGUGAUAGCAUCAAAAUAUCAAGUUGUAGUGAAUGCGUAGCUCUUCAAGAUCCCUAUUGUGCCUGGGAUAAACUUCAGGGAAAAUGUCGAUCACAAGGAAACGGUCGAUGGGGAGAAGAAACUUAUUUCUAUCAAAGUGUCCCAUUAGGUCAACACGCCGCAUGUCCACCUCCAAAAAUUAAAGAUCCAAGUCCAGUUGGAGGUUUUACCCUCCCCCAACCAAAAUUUAACGAAGAAGGUCAUCAACCGAAAGAAGACGGUCAAGUUAUUAAUAUCGUCCAAGAACCGAAAUAUGAUCAUAGCGGCCCAUCAGUUUCUGCCGCAGAUGGAUUACCACCACAAUAUUCAGUUGAAACUUUAGUAAUGGCUGUAGUGGCAGGUUCUGUAACCGCUUUAGUAGUGGGUUUUAUAGCCGGGUAUCUAUGUGGACGAAAAUGUCAUAAAGACGAAGACGAUAAUUUACCAUACCCCGACACUGAAUACGAGUACUUCGAGCAAAGGCAGAACAUGAACAGGAUUCAGGCGGAACCAAAACUGCUUCCGCAGGAAGAGGUCACUUAUGCCGAACCAGUCUUGGUACCGCAGCCUCCGCCGAAAUUGCACUCGCCAAAGAAUACUUUAAGGAAACUGCCGCAUCAGAACAAUGCCGAGACUUUGUUCCAAUUUCAAACAGACGGUGGAUAUAAUGGAAGAGAUAAUUAUCGGGGAAGAGAUAAUUUUGGAACGCUAAGAUCUCAUCAGUAAAAUGAAGAGUUGAAUGCCUAAAAUCAUACGCAGAAAAAUAAAUCUUCAAAUCAUCUACAACCUAACCCAUUAAUAAUAAAAUAAAAGUAAUAAAAAAUAAACAAGUUAUGAUAUCUUCAAAUUCUUCAAUUUUUAAGAAGCCACUCUAUAUAAUGUACAUUAUUUUUAAGUUUCCUUUUCCUUUUAAAUUUAAACUUCCCCUCCCAUUAACACUUUUAACUAUUCCAAUAAACUAUUGUGUACGUAGAUCAUAUAAAAUAUACAUAAAUAUAUUUAUGAUGACAAACUACAUGUAAAAAGUUGUAGAUAUAAUUUUAAUAAUACCUAGUCAAGUUAUAUGAUAAUAUUUAAAUUCGUAUAUAUUUGGCACACGUAUUAGUUUUUAGUUCCCAGUAGUUCGUCGGAUAAUUCAUUUCUUUUUAUAAUAAUUUUUUAAUUUAAAUAGAUCUCUUUUUAAUGGAACGAAUAGAUCCGCUGUAUUUUACUCGAAAAGUAUAUAUAUAAUAAUUUUAUACAAAACCAAAAAAUACUAAUGAUACGAGAGAUUAUAUUUAAAAGGUCAUAUUUAGUAGAUUUAUAAUGAAACAGUAAUAAAAGCUUCUUCCUAUGCGACGGUGCCCCGCGAUAGACUGAACAUGUUUAAGGUGAAGUCACGCGAGGAUUUUGUUUUUAAUUUAUAUCGUAAGGCUGCUGCCAAUUUUUUAAAAGAAACCAUAAUUAUAUACCGAAUAGAUUAAUAAAAAAAAUGAAAUAGUUAUUAGUUUUUAAGUAAGUUUAAGAGACAUUUGCAAAAAUUUAAAUAAAAAAUGUACCGACACGAGACAUAACAUACACAAUUUAUAAAAUACAUUUUAAUAAAAGAAAACAUUUGAUUCCGGUUUUUCACCGAACUGGAUGUUCGCCUAAAAACGCCUUUUGUGCAUAUAACGUCGUAACUCCGAUUGUUCGUUCGAAAUUUUAAAUAAAAAAUAAAACACGAUCGCGACAAAUGGUUUUUAACAUUCCAUAAAUGCAUUUUAAUAAAAAAAGUUUAUUAUUGUAUCGUAAAAAAGUGAAAAAUAAGAAAUCGUUUGUCUGAAUAAAGAAAAAAAAAAGAAUUAUAAAUAUAUUUGUCAAUACUUUUAGAAGUUAUCGUAAGGAAGAUUUGUAAUUCUAAAGAAACUAAACAUAGACUUAAAAAAGCUGCGAUUGUCAGUUGUAUUAAUGAUAAGUAAGCCUUUUGCAGAUGUAUUAUAUUUAAUACCGUUAAAAUUAUGCAGUUUGUCCAGAAAAUGACGGUUAACUGUCUUGUAUAACUUUGUAUUUUUAAUUGAUUUUUGUAAUAACAGCGUAAUUUGUAAACUUUUAGAUGAUUAACUUAAAUUAUUUAUUUACUUCUGGGAAGUAUACUACAUACCUUUAAGGCCGCUUUCUUUUCUAUGCCAUUUGUAAACGACACCUUUGUAUAUUACAAACAAUAUUUAACAUUUAUAAAUUAUUCUGGGCAAAGUGUAUUAUAUCCAUUUAAUGAUAUUGAAUUUAGACGACACAAUGUAUUCUUUGAAUAGAAAUAAAUAAAAGGAUUAUAUCAAACAUUA